GCAGGAAAUCUAAACGAAGAAGAAGAAGGAGGAAGCAACAAUGUUGUCCUCAUGGAAACACAUGUGUGGUUUAAGGUAUUUAUUUGUUUAAACGUCUGAUAUUUAUCCGUGUUUAUUUAUGAAGCAGCUUUAAGUGAGCCAAGCUGAGAAACUAUUAUCUUUAAAGAAAGUCAGUCUGCGCUUUAGUUCGCUUUAGUUCGCUUUGGUUCGCUUUAGUUCGACGUUAGUUGUACAAAUGAAGGGGAAAUGGAAGCCGAACAGCAAGAAGAAGAAGAAGGGAAACGAGGUGUUGCAGAAGUACAUGGUGGCAGUGGAUGAGUUUGUUAAAAAGAGUGGCACUGAGGAGGUGGAGAGUGACCAUGCUUUAAGGUUUGUGAAAAAGAAAAGCAGAAAGGAGCUGCGCAAAGACAAGAGACUGAUGAAAAAGGCCAACAUGAAAAGUCAUUAUGAGGGAAAGAAGAGUAUUAGUUUAGCUGGUGGUGAUGAUGAUGGUGACAACUCUGGGACAGCAGCUGAGAAACAGAAGAAGAAGAAGAAGAAGAAGAAGAAGAAGAAAAAGGACAUGUCAGAAGCUCCUGCAGAAGAUCAGCCUGACAACACUAAAGCAAAGUCUUCCUCCAAGACCGGCAAGAAGGUCAACAAACUCCAAGAGUCCAGGAGAAUGGCGCUGCUGGAGGCGAAUGAAGACGAGGACAGGGAGAUAAAGAAACUAGAGCGGUACUUGGGGAUGAAUAAGAGAAGGAACAAAAAAAGUCUGCCUCAGUCGUUUGUGGCCGACGGACUCGAUUACAUCCUGGGCGUGCUGGACUCCGGCUCAUCAGCUGCUGCAGGCGUGUACGGCGACAACGCUGAUGAUGAUGAUGAUAACAUGGACCUGGCCAAGGAGAACUUUGAAAAGCUGGAUGAUGAUGAUGAUGAGGACGAGUCUCAGCCGUCGGAGGAAGAGGAAUCUGGAGAUGAGAUGGGGAGUGAAGCCGGCGAUGAAGACUUGGAGUCAUUGGAUGAAAAUGAAGAGGAGGAGGAUGAUGAUGAUGAGCGAGCAGAGGAGGAAAUGGAGGAGGAGGAGGAGGAUGAUGAUGAGCGAGCAGAGGAGGAAGUGGAGGAUGACCUGGAGGAGAGUGAUGCAGCCGACUCCGACAAUGACGACGAAGAGGAACCAGAGGAAGAAGAAGAAGGAACGAGCGACAUCACCACAACGGACUCAAAGUCAGAGACGGUCCAGGUGAAUGCCGCGGCGGGGAAAUACGUGCCGCCUCACUUACGAGGCACUGGCGACGAUAAACGCAGGGCGGAGCUUGAGAAGCUGAAGAGGAACGUGAAAGGCUUGGUGAACAGGCUGAGCGAGCCCAACAUGGCGUCCAUCAGCGGUCAGCUGGAGGAGCUUUACAUGAGCUGCAGCAGGAAGGACAUGAAUGACACGCUGACAGAGGUGCUGCUCGCUGCCUGCGUGACGCCGUCCCUGAUGCCUGACAGGCUGCUGAUGGAGCACGUGCUGCUCGUCAGCAUCCUCCAUCACACCGUCGGGCUGGAGGUCGGCGCUCAUUUCUUAGAGACGGUCGUGCGAAAGUUCGACGAGGCGUACAAGAAUCCGGCUGAGAGCAAAGAGUGCGAUAACCUGGUGGCGAUCGUGGGUCACCUCUAUAACUUCCAGGUGGUGCACUCUGUCCUCAUCUUCGACAUCCUCAAAGUGCUGGUGGGAGCCUUCACCGAGAAGGACGUCGAGCUGGUUUUGUUCGUGCUGAGGAACGUCGGCUUCGGCCUGAGGAAGGACGACGCCCUGGCUCUCAAAGAGCUCAUCUCGGACGGGCAGCGCAAGGCCAGCAACGUGGGCUCCAAGUUCACAGAUCAGACCAGAGUGCGUUUUAUGCUUGAGACCAUGAUGGCUCUGAAGAACAAUGACAUGCGGAAGAUUCCAGGCUACGAUCCCGAGCCGGUGGAGAGACUGAGGAAGCUGCAAAGGACUCUGAUCAACCGCAGUGCAGGAGGCAGUGACGUUAAACUGAGGGUCUCUCUGGAGAAUCUCCUGGCAGCAGAGCAGGUGGGCCGCUGGUGGAUCGUCGGCUCCUCGUGGAGCGGAGCGCCCAUGAUCAACAAAGAAGAAGGGAACGCUUCCUCCAAACAGGGCGCCGCUGAAGGACAGUUUAGCGCCAAAGUCCUGGACCUGGCUCGCAAACAGAGGAUGAACACUGAGGUCAGAAGAAACAUCUUCUGUGUGAUCAUGACCAGCGAGGAUUACCUGGACGCGUUUGAGAAGCUGCUCAGGAUGGGCCUGAAGGACAAACAGGAGAGAGAGAUCGUUCACGUUCUGAUGGACUGCUGCCUGCAGGAGAAAGCCUUCAAUGCUUAUUACGCCGUGCUGGGAGAAAAAUUCUGCUCCCACGACCGCCGCUUCCAGAUGACUUUCCAGUUCAACUUAUGGGACAAGUUCAGGGAUCUGUCAAACCUUCCCAGCAGCACCUUCAACAACCUGGUCCAGCUGGUCACGCGCUUCCUCCAGAAGAAGAGCCUCUCUCUGUCCGUUCUUAAAGUCAUCGAGUUUGGAGAACUCGAUAAGCCCACGGUGCGCUUCUUGCGUCAGGUGCUAACCAAACUUCUAAAAGAAACCGAGCCCGAGGACCUCGCCGCCAUAUUUGGAAGGAUCUCAGGAAUUCCCAAGUUGGGAAUGCUGCGGGAGGGCUUGAAGCUUUUCAUCAGUCACUUUCUGCUGAAGAAUGCUCCGUCACCGGGAGCAGCUGAGCAAGCAUCGGUGCUGUCAGAGCGCGCUCAGGUCGCCUCCAGAGCCAUGGAGGCCAAAGAGGCCAAGCUCAAACUGUAAAACACACACACACACACACACACACAGACUGACCUCACUAAACUGUGGAGAAGAAGGAUUGUAAGAACACAAACCAACAGUUUUCUGUGAUGUGUGUUUUCCUCGAGGAGUUCUUGUACAAAGUUUUUGUUUUUAUCUGAAAACACCGAUGCCUUUAGAGACUCACAGAUCUCAACACUCUUUGAUGCAUUGUGUAUUAUAUUGUGUGUAAUAAAUAACUAAGGUUUGAUCAUUAA